AUGUACCACCUUGCCACCGGAGGAUACCCUCCUGUACAUGUACCACCAGCUUGCCACCAGGGGAUACCCUCCUGUACCCACCUUGCCACCGGAGGAUACCCUCCUGUACAUGUACCACAGCUUGCCACCAGGGGAUACCCUCCUGUACCACCUUGCCACCCGAGAGUACCCUCCUGUACAUGCCACCUUGCCACCGGAGGAUACCCUCCUGUACAUGUACCACCUUGCCACCGGAGGAUACCCUCCUGUACAUGUACCACCUUGCCACCGGAGGAUACCCUCCUGUGUAUGUACCACCUUGCCACCGGAGGAUACCCUCCUGUACAUGUACCACCUUGCCACCGGAGGAUACCCUCCUGUGUAUGUACCACCUUGCCACCGGAGGAUACCCUCCUGUACAUGUACCACCUUGCCACCGGAGGAUACCCUCCUGUGUAUGUACCACCUUGCCACCGGAGGAUACCCUCCUGUACAUGUACCACCUUGCCACCGGAGGAUACCCUCCUGUACAUGUACCACCUUGCCACCGGAGGAUACCCUCCUGUACAUGUCCCACCUUAA